AUGGAUGUCCGAAAAGCACGGCCGUCCAUUUACCACCUCGUACUUAUAACACUUUCCCGCCAUCGCCAUCGCCACCGCCACCGCCGCCGCCACCGGAUUAUCGACACCGCUCCUCUCCGGGCUUGCUUGUCCGCCAUGGCAGGCCCCUUUUCAAUAAUCCCUUUAUUCCUCCUCUCUCUCUCCUCCAUCUCUCUCUCCUCCGCCCAUCUCCACCUCCACUACGCCGCCCACCACAACCCCGCGCCACCACCGCCGCCGCCGCCGCAAUUCCCCAAUUGCCGCCUCGAGAAAGCCUACCAUUUCUUCCAGGCCUGGAAAACCGCCAUUUAUUCCGAUCCCUACAACUUUACCGCCAAUUGGAUCGGUACGGACGUCUGCGCCUACAACGGCGUCGUUUGCGCGCCGGCGAUUGACGACCACGACCUCACCGUCGUCGCCGCCCUCGACCUCAACCACGCCGACAUCGCCGGACACCUGCCGGAAAAUAUUGCAGACCUCGCCGACCUCGCGAUCCUCCACAUCAACUCCAACAGAUUCUGCGGCGUCGUCCCCGCCGGAAUCUCGAAGCUCCGACGUCUGUACGAGCUCGAUUUGAGCAAUAACCGCCUCGUCGGAGCUUUUCCGAUGGCCGUGCUUGACCUGCCGGAAAUCAAGUAUUUGGAUCUCCGGUUCAACGAGUUCGAAGGCCCCCUGCCGGAAAAGCUCUUCGAGAAGGACCUCGACGCCAUUUUCGUGAACAAUAAUCGGUUCAAAUCGGCGAUCCCGGAGAACAUCGGAAACUCGCCGGCGUCGGUGAUCGUGAUGUCGGGGAACACGCUGACCGGGAAGUUUCCGAGAAGCCUCGCCGGAAUGGCGGGGAAGGUCGACGAGCUGAUUUUAUCGAACAGUAACCUGUCGGGAUGUCUGCCGGAGGAAUUUACCAUGUUUAACACGACGGCGGUUUUGGACCUGCAAGGGAACCAUUUCGCCGGCGAGCUGCCGGCGGGGAUGGAGAAAUUGCAGAGCCUGGAAGUGCUGGAUAUCUCCGGGAAUGAGUUUCGAGGGAAGGUGUCGGAAAUGGUGUGCGCCCUGCCGAAUCUGAAAACCCUCGCCGUCGCCGGAAAUUACUUCGAGGAGGUGGAUCCGGCGUGCGAGGCGCUGCCGGAGGUGGUGGUGGACGACAGGGAUAACUGUCUCGUGACCGGCCGGAAUCAGAAGCCGGAGGAGGAGUGCCGGGCGGAGUUGAGUAGGGAGGUUGUUUGUGACGCCGGUAAGUCCAGGUCGACGGCGGACGAGGAGGCGGCGCCGCUCGAGUUUGAGAAAGCAGUGCCGCCGCCGCCGCCGUCGCAGCCAAAAACGCCGUCCACGGCGAGGGUGGCGCCGAGGGCGUCUCCCAAACCGCCAAAAUCUUUCAUUCCACAAAUUGUUAAAUCUUCUCCGCCGCCGCCGCCGGCGGCGGCAGUGUACUCCUCUGCGCCGUCGCCGUCGCCGUCGACGGCAUUCCCACCGAUCAAAAUACCUGAAAGCUUAGGCGGCCGUUACUUGUCGUCUCCUCCGCCGGCGCCGGCCAUGGCCGAGUACUAA